ACUAAAGGUGCGUCAUGAGAAUAUUUGGCCUGCCUAUUUAUUUGCCCUUUUUUCCGCCGCUUGACACAUCAUAGACAAGCUUCAAGGUGCGGGUUGUGUUUGGAUUUGCUGGUUGACUUUUUACCGGCUGCCUUCAAGCAGAGAAGAAAUCAAACACAAACUGGACCUCUGUCCUCUGGUCUCCUGGUUUUUGAUCUUAAGUGACAAGGGAGAAGAUGGUCUGCAGCAUCCUGCUGCUCAUCAUCCUGACCUCCUGUGUCUCUGGAACAUUUGUAGUGAAUGUGACCCAGACCUCCUAUCAGGCAGAGGAGAACCACGACAUCACACUGGAGUGGACCUUCACCACCAACCCUCACAGUUUCUCCAGCUCUCCUUAUAUCUUCUGUGAACUGAUAACUGAUCUCAGGAAUCCAGUCCUGUUUCGUCUCUAUGGAGGAGUCGAGGUCCCAGAGUCUCAGGAUGAACAUUUUGCAGGACGAGUCCAGUGGGACAAAGACGUCCUCAGACAAGGACGACUCAAACUUCAAGUGUCCAGACUCAGGACUGAAGACUCGGGACUGUACGUGUGUGAUGUGAUCUUAAAUUAUAAGAGUAACUCUAGUAGAUGCUGGCUCAAUGUCACUGCAGCGAGGGAUUGGCCUAAACUUGAGACACCAAACACAACAAGUUCAUCAAACACAACAAGUCUACAACAACCAGAGAGUGGGAGAAGGAUCAGUCUCUCCUGUGGACUGGGACUGACAGCAGCAGCUUUGCUGUUUUUUUGUUUCUGUUUAUUCAGUUGUUGUCUGCUGAAUGAACAAGAAUUCUCCUCGAAGUUUAAAGAUGGAUUAAGAAAAAGUAAUUUUUCAGCAGGUGGAUCAGUGGAAAUUGUUUCAUCAACAACUUCAAAAAGACUGUUAGAAUUUGAUUUCAUAAGACAGAGACACAGAAAUUGCGAAAGUGUUUGAAGUCUGAAGGACACAAAGCUCCAACACUGCAGACGU